GUUUACAUUCGAGGUGGUUGCGAAGUUGAUUAAUGAAGUUGACCUACGAUAAAACUGAAUCCUUCGUCUAGCCAAGUGAUCAAUAUAUCUGAUCGAUAUUGGCUCAUCGCCGGACUGAUAUUUAUCAUUGGGAUAAUUUGACAUCACUUUGAUCAAUCUUGAAGAACAGAUGUUCCCGCAGUGUAAACAAAACAAACGAAUUUUUCGUAUUCUGCUUUGAUCAGCCUUCGUUUCAUCCCGUUAAAGAAUUGGUCGAAUCGCCCAUGUAUUGUGUGUAUAUUAAGGAUUAUUCAUAGAGGUUGUGUUGCGUCAAAUUUUGCAAUAACACUACCGCUGUUCGUACGGUCGAAAUAUACGCGAAACCGCGUUCUACGGAUGAUGAUUCUCUUUGUGUCUGUCCAUUGAGCAAUUUUUGUUUUUGGUGUUAUUGCCAUUGGCAUGGUCUUAUGCACUCAGCGUGUGCUUCGAUUGCUGUUGCGUUUGCGACAUAGAAUCAUCCGAAAUCGGGUUUGUGAAAAAUUCGCAGUUGAUUUGUAGUGUUUCUCAGAUGAAUUGAGUAAAUCGUACCGUUGUUGUGGUUCUAUAGGAAAGUCGAAUCAAUUCUGAGCAAUUCAGAGAAAAGCAAUUGAAUUCAACUCAAAAGUUGUUGAGUUUAGAAUAAGAAGUUAGAAUAAUUCAUCUUUCGUACGGCACGGGAGCAUCAAAUUGUAGCGUAAGUGCAGGGUGGAAGCACACUUUGAUGCGUGUCGCAACGAUAGGCGUAAAAUCAAUGAAGACUCGAUAGGAUGAGAAUGGAAAAUCGACGAUAUUUCAACCAGGAAGGCAAGGAGGCAAAAAACUUUUACCAUCUGUCGGACGAUGGCGAGGAUCGAAUCUACGCGAAAAAACCGCCGGUCAGCUUGAGGCCCCGUUCGAUUCAAAGUGCUUCUCAAAGCAAAUCAGCACUGAAAUUAAGUGCGCCGCGUGUUCGUUCCGCUUCAACUGGUCGAGAUAAAAAGUCUGAGCUUCAGGCACGAUACUGGGCCUUUCUCUUUGGGAAUCUUCAAAGAUCUGUCAACGAAAUUUACCAGACGGUUGAGUGCUAUGAGAAUUUACCCUCCUGUCAGGAGGCAAUAUUGGUGCUGGAAAACUACAUUCGAGAUUUCCGGGCGCUGGCCGAGUGGUUUAAGGUUUCAUGGGAUUAUGAGGCUACGCCGUUGCCACAGCGGCCGCAAUCAUUGGCAUGGGAAGUGCGGAAGAGCAAUCCAGCGCCGCGUGUUCGCAAGCCAAUUUCCAGUCCGGGCAUAUCUGGCAAAUCAAGCCCAAGCUUUUCCGGCAAGAAUAGUCCGAACCAAGCGCUGGAGGAGCCAACGAGCAAGUGCUCUCCGAAGAAACAUUUCAGUUCGACGGAAAGUCUCAGCACAAAGAAAGGGGUGUUAGGACGAAUGGCCGUCAAGGAGCUUCUGAGGCAACCGCCUGCCUCUGCUACUGUCGAGAAUGGUGAGGUGGAAAUAGUAUCCAAGUCGCAGACAGUUGAUAACAGUCAUCCGAUUGGAUGUAGCAGUUUGGAAAGUUACGUGCUCAAGCUGGAUCAGUAUACACAGACGGAUUUGGACGAUGAAAAUUUAACAUUGGCUGAAUAUUUAGAAAAAUAUUGCAAAAAAGAAGCCACUGUUUGUGAGGCAACUGGCGGCAAAGAGACAUCUGAGCAGGUCUCGAAAGAUUUUGAUGAAGCCCCGAUGGUCGUGUCAGCUGAACCACAAGAAGAUAAGAAAUCGGUUGAAUCCACAAAAAAUGCAGAAAAAGCAGAUUCUCAGGUGAAAAAACCGGUACCUGUUACGAAGUAUGCUACGGUGCUAAAUAGUAUGGCAAAAUCAUCGGCUCGUCCGGCUCUUCAAAGCAAGUCAACAGUGCCGUCCAAAACGAUGCCACCUAAAGCAACCAAAACGCUCCCUUCGACGACAGCUAGCGUUCGAAAAUCUGCUACUGCAACAUGCUUGACGCAAGGUCAGGCUAAGACUGUUUCACUACCAGUCAAGAGCGCGACGAUGUCCAACAUACUCUCGACGGCUGGAUCAAAACCGGGUGUUCGUCCGGUUUCAAACCUUGUCAGAAACAGAUCUAUUCCCUCGAACGUCUCCUCGAGACUUUCGGCUCGUUCGAAAACGAUGAUCGAGAUAAACAGUCGGAAGACUGCUGCACCUGCAGCGACUUCCUCCAGGCUACUAUCUUCAAGACGAACCUCAAGAGAUGAUAUCGAUAGCUCAACAUCGACGCUCAAAGCGAGUACUGACCGUUUGGGGUCAAGAUGUUCAAUAAAUGAACAUUCGAAUGUUCGUAGCAGGCGUUCGGAACCGAAAAGCCUACCAUCAGAGUCGGCCAACAACGACGGAUGGUAUACAGUUAAGCCUAAAAGACGUUCCAGUCUCCAUUGGGCUACACGAUUCAACCAACCGAGUGGCUACGCGAGCUUGCCCACACUUUCUCUGCUCGAUGAAAACGCGAAUGCUGAGGAGGAAGAGAAGCAGGAGUCUACGGAGAGCAUCGGCAAACAGCCGAAGGUAGAACAGAAACCGAUUAAACCAACAUCGGUCACUAAAACAACAUCACUGGAAUCGAAAUCGAAGGUACCGAUCGGCAAUGGGAAGCCGAAAAAUGUCCCUGUCAAAUCAGUAUCCGUUACAUUGCCGAAACGUCCUACGACCGCUCCGGCUGCUCCCAAAAAAACAAGCCCAAAUGGUUCGACGCGUACGUUACAUACUAAACCUAUUGCUAACGGCCCAGCUCAGGUGACACGGCAAAAAUCUGACCUCACCGGACUGAAAUUGAAAACCUUGCACAAGGAGUUUCUUCGCAAUGAGAAAAUGAAGCUGAAACCCUCGGGUGAGGGAGAGCCAUCAAGUGCAGACAAGGCUCCGGAACCUCCACAGGAAGACUCAAUCGCUCCGCUUAAUAAGGUUGAUAUGAACAUACAAACAAAUCUGGUCUCCACUAUGAUCGAGAGCCUGUACGCGAAGUGCUUAGGAGUGAGUGAAGAAGGUUGUGGCGAUGGCGUUGCGCUCGCAGGUAAACGUCCGAUGCGAUCCGAGAUUAAUUUGUCCAGCUGUGAUGAAUUGGAAGAACGAGAGGACAUGGAAAACGAUGAGGUGCAGCGCAAGCUGCUCGAGGAACAGGAGAGCCUAGAGGCGCAAAUCCGUGAGCUGCAGAAUACGGAAAUUGACAUCGACACCGAAACGGACGAAACCGAUUGUGAGGCAAUCAUUGAUUUGGAGGACAACGAAAGUAACGCGGAAAGUUUGGAAACUGUGAACCUGAACGGACUUGGUGGGGAAGAGGAAAUGACACUCGAGAUGCGUUAUGAAUCUGUUUUGGCCGAAAUGAGCUGGGUCGAAAGAGCUCAGACGUUGGCCACUUUGCAAGCCCUGGUUGCUCGUCACCCUGGAAGAGCCCAGCAGCUGCAUGCCAAAUUGUCCAGCCCAUCCCGGCGGAGAUCGUUACACGAAACGCUACGAAAGUACCAAGCCAAACAGGCUCGAGCACUCGAGAAACGUCAAGCUUUGCAAAAAGAAAAAGCCCACAAAAUUCAACAAUUGCUAACAAGGGUUGAGGAUGUAAAAACGGCAAAGCAGCAAUUGAUAGAAAAGAAACGCAUGCGGAUGGAGGAACGGUUGCAACGUGCCGCCGAAAAUCGCUCACAGUACUUAAAGGACAAGAUUAAGAAAGCCCACGAUGAAGAGGAGAAACUCAAGGAGAUAGCUUUCAUCAAAAAUUUGGAAGCACAGAACAAGAGAUUGGAUUUCAUAGAGUCUUGCAAGGAACAGGAAGUUCGAUUGCAGGAUUUAGAGACCGAGAGGCAGAAGAAAGCCGAGGAAAAAGCUGCCAAGGAAGCGGCUGUCGAACGGAGACGACAAGAAAUCGAGCAGGAACGUCAGAAAAAGUUACAAAUCAUAAGUGAAAAUCGUCGGGAGCGAGAAAAACGUGUGGGAAAGAUGCAGGAGCAGAAGGAGAAACAACGCCAAGCUUUGGCCCGAGAAAAGGCUCGUGACAGAGAAGAACGAUUACUGGCUCUCCAAGCCCUGCAGCAGGCCACCACAGAAGAACUACAACGAAAGAUUAUCCAGAAGCAACAGGAAUCGGCUCGUCGCCACGAGGAAAAUAUAGAGCAUAUUCGGCAACGUGCAGUUGAACUGACCAUCCCGACUAGAAAUGCAGAUGAAGUGAUCUCCAACAAACUGGAACCAGAGAACGAUGACAAUCUAAGCGUGAGUGACAAAGGAAAGGAUAACGGUAAUGCAAAAGCGAAUAAAAAACGUUUGAAGAAGUUACGCCAGCGGAUGACCCAAGCGGCAGAAGAAUACACCGCAGAAUUACAGCCAUUAGAUCCACAAAUCCGAAAGCAAAGUCAAGUACCCAAAUUGUUGAACACCGUAGUGAAAGGUGGCGGUCCACUGGGUGUUGAGCGGCCACUGGGACAGUUACUGCGGUUGAUGACAAAGGCGCAAAUUGUGGAUUUCCAAUCAAUGUGGUUACUGGACGGUUUGCAGAUUAUUUCUGAUGUGAUACAAGCCGGAAUAGAGCCGAACUCGGAGGUUUCCAAACGGGCGGUGGUUAUAUCGGUUCAAUUAUAUCGUAAUGCGUGCUCUUUGUGUCCGCAAAUUUCUCGUCAUGCCAUCCUUGGCAAUACCAUCACAGUAUUAUUAGAUGCUCUGCAAGUUAGUUUGAAGACACCGGAGGAGAAGAGUCCUUUGUACCCUGUCGAGCUAUCCACCGAGCUAAUACUAGCCUGCACCGUGGCUCUGUCGACGACAAACUCAAUCAAGCAGACACACCCAAAGGUUGUGGAACGCCUUCCGGAUCUCAUAAGUUACACAGUAUCUCUAGGAUUGAUAGACAUAUUAGUUAGGAAAUUCAACAAAAUACGGGAAUCGGUGGAGAGUCAACAAAGCUUGGUGCUAUCCCUGCUAGCCUCACUUGGUCUAUUGACGAAACUGGCGGAGCUGUGUCCCAAAGGUCCUGAUGUUACCAAAUUCUUGCUAACGGUCAAAUCAACGGAACUCUUUGGGACCAUUUCGCUGCUGUACGCAACCAUCGUGCCUAUCGGUGAAUGCAUACCACCGAGAACGAUUUCGCUGGCGGCCGCUACUUUUAAUCUUUUGGUUACGUUGGCCAAUCUGGAUAUUGGGACGUUUCAGAGCGUACUAUCGGAGGAGAACCUAUCGUUCAAGUUCCUGGACGUAGUGAGUAUCCUGCUGCAAUAUUGUGUACCCAAGUCGGAGGAGAAGGGUGAAACCCAGGCUGUGAUAAUCGACUUAAUAGCAACGUUAGGUUUCUUCUGUGCCAAUAAUAAAGUUAAUCAGGACCUGCUCACGUCGGACCAAUCGUCGGUCAUAAUUAAGAGCCUGACCAAAUUGCCGCGACAGUUCGAUAUGGUCAUCUACCCAACGCUGGUUACUGUUACCCACAACAAUUCCGACGCCAAGGCCGUUUUGGGCAAGGAUUUCGACAUCGGGUUACUGGAGGAGUACAGCAGGUCGGAUCUGGCGAAAAAGAACCGAAUCGUGUCACUGCUGACGAAGGUGGAAUAGUUGGCUUGGCUGGGUGAUUGGCGGUUUUUGUUAGCACAAGUGGGUUCUGUCCUCUCGUUCGUAUUAGAUCAGGACUGUUUGCAGAAAACAAAAAAUCAUCGCAAAGAGCAAAGCGAAAAACUGCGGAGCAAAAAAAAACAGUCAGAAGCAAUAAAUAAUGAGAAUGAAGUGAAAUCCAUAAAAUACGACAUAAAAGCGCAGUGAUUAAAGUCAGCAAUAAUCCCGUCCGUCGCUAAGCGUCGGGAUUUGCCCUCGGUGGGAAGAUUGUAUCGAUUUCGGUGGUGCAUAAAAUUUACCGUUUACUAAUGAGUUAAGCUCUCGGACGGCGCAAUGUGGACAUCAGGUCGUAUGUUUAAUUGUCCGCAGUCUGGAAUUGUUUUUUUUCUCUGUUGCUUUUGUUAGAAUCCCCCUGGUGGGUAUUGCUGGUUACUGUCUUUGGUUUUUAUCUUUAUUUUUCUCUCUCAAUUGUUUGCCGUGGGCACGAGCUGUGAAAUUUGUACUUGCUGCUGCAUAAUGUGUGCGUCGCCAUUAGCAGCGAUGCGAUGCACUUUAGUCGGCUAAAAAGCUGGGAAGAUACAUACUAAUCGUCGACUAUGUGGUGCUUUCGAGGACUAGUUGCUGUUUGUUUUACCUCAAUGCAACUUGACUUUAGUUUGUUGCUGGUGCUUUUCAUUAACGCAUAUUGUAUUGGUGCUCUGACAAUUAUACCUGUUAAUAAACAAUUUAUAAAUUGGUCACAGAUAACAGCUUACUCACAGACAAAACGUAACAGUCGUCUAAACUUCAUUACAGAGAGUGGCUAAAUUAUUACAUUAUCGUAAGGCUUUCCUGAAAAAAAUAUGUUAUUUUUUCCGUCUUAAUUUUCAUAAAAAUCUGUAUUUUGCAAAUCCUCCAUUAUUAUGCGUGUUUUUGAUAUAUCUUUUUUACGAUUUUGUCGAUCAAAUCUGUUUUAUUUGUAAAAUUUUUUUUCGAAAAAAUCUCAAAUUUUAGGUCUGGGUUUCCGGGUCCAAACGUUGCUUCUUUUCUGUUUCUACUCGUCUCUUCUACUCUUCUGUUCACGGAAAUUUGUUAUGAAUUUACCUUUUUGGUAACCAUACAUGAAUAUAUAACCGCCAUAUGGAAACCAUUGUGCUACCUGUGGUGCCUUAUAUUGCUCCAAAACUGUCUCGUCCUGGAACAUGGAACUUCGCCAUUAACGCCGUUGUUCAGUCCCUUAAGAGAAACGAAAACUGCAUUGCAAGCCCCACCCAUUGGUGAUUUAGGCCCAUUCAAAAAUGCAUAAAAACAACUACUCCAUAUUGAAGUAGAUGAGGGUCUCUGUGGCCAUAACGGUUGCGCGUUCGCUUAUAAAGCAAACGAACCUGGAUGUAAUUUUAGGACUCUCCAUCCAGAGGGUCGACCAGCAGGAAAAACUUUCAAAAUCAGGUAAUAUUAAGGAGUUCAAACAUUGACAUGGAAUAUCACUUUCGUCACCAAUCAGGGAAAAAUUUCAAUUCUUUUUGAUUACUACGUAAUCCGAUUAGAGUUUUAGUUAUUGCAAUAAUCGGAGAGUUAAUGCCACAAAAAAUAUUUUUAAUUUGCGAGGUUCUCUAUCUAUAUUUACUUCAGUGCAUGUUGUUUGCUUUUGCUCUCCUAGAAUGCAAACAAAAUGAAAGUAGAAGACUUCUAUUUUCGUGCUGUUCAUUCUGAUACUCGAUGCAUCUGUCACACAUAAGCACAAUUUUGAUUUAUUUUCAAAUUUUAUGGUAGUACUACGUCUAACAGGGGAUAAUACGAAAAUCUAAAUACCAAACAUGCAGGAAAAAAUGAAUUAUUUCGAAAUUUUACAACUCGAGUAUUUGUUAAUAGAUCGCAAAGAUGUUUGCAUCAAUUGAUAGAAAAUAUUUCUAGACAUCUAUCACAAUGAAUAACAUUUUAUUUUUAUUGAGAUACACAAUUGAAUAAUUGUGGAAUGUCAAGCAUUAUCCAAACGCACUAUGUACUACGUUUUUGACGGUCCAAUUUGUGCUUCUCAAAUGGUUUCGACCAAAAGGAGCAACCAGAGUAACACAGAACACAAAUUUCGACAUAGCGAAAACAAAAAUAAAUCCAUUGACGCUUUCCAUGCCUACCAAACCCUUCAUGAAAGAGUUAUGAGAAAGUUAUUACAAUACGAUACAAUACAAAGGCAUAUCUGAUAUUCAUAUUGAGUGAUAUUUUUUGGGAAUCAAAACAAAUCUUGACGACCUAAAAAAAGAACUGAGGAAACAUUUCAAAAUAAAUUGCUGUCGAAACAUUCCGGAUCCGACCACGCUGCAGUAAAAUAAACAGUGCGUACAGAUGUGAAAUGAUUCGAGUUUUAAAAUUCACAGUUGUCUAAUCUCCAUUCUUCAACUUACAGAGAGUGGUUAAAUUAUUAUACCCAAACAAAAGCAAUAGUUUAUCAAAGAUUCAAGCUUAAAAUAAAGAUGACACUUCGAUAAUCAUAUAAAGGUUAUCAUAUUUUUGAUUACAAUAUUUUACAUUUUCUUCUUAAAAGACAGCAUUUUUUAUAUCCACCUUAGCAAUACGGUAUGCUGGCGUGCUGUCAAUGCAUGUUUUUAAAUUGCGUUAAGUAAGAAAGGGGGGGAAAUAGGGGAUCCAAAAUCCGGAUUUUGAGCGUUACAUUAUUUGUGUACCACACCUUUCGUCUACUAAACCUCCCUUAUUUGUUAUAAUUUCACCUCCAGAAAUCUCUGAUUUUAGAACUAAUCCCCCUGUUCAGGAAAAAAUGUUAUGAAUUAAGCAGUCUUCAGAAUGCAACGUGGUGAUAAUGUGUAACAAGUUUUUGUACUCAGUUGAGCUCUCACUCAUUGUAUAGACAUGCGCUCUGGCGAAUGAGCAUGUUCCGAAACGCAGAUCAAAGGUUUUGUUGUCGGCACAUUUUUUGCACCGAGUUUUGCGCCGUAAUUCUAUACCUAUUUUACACCGCGCUUGAAUCUGGUUUGCUUUCUUUGUUGAGUUAUUUUUCUUCACACAAGCGCAUACGGUUGGUAUGGAGGCGCACUGUUGUUUUCAUGGUUCGCUUAGAACGAGCGAAGACAAAGCGGACGAUAGAAUCUGAUGUGCGUGUGUGUAUGUGUGUGUGUUUAUGUGUGUGUGUUUAUGUGUGAUAUGAGGCGCGCAUCACACAAGUGAGAAGCGAUGUUUUAUAUCUGAAAUCUGCGCUAUCUUGUUUAUGAAUUUGGUACACUCUGUACCAAGAGAGUACGUGUUUGUUAUGCGUAUGUUUUCUGAAGACUGAAUUUAAGUUUGUGGCAAGGAGCAGAGUCAUGCAUGGAUAUUUUGUCUCCAUCAGAGAAUUAUUUCGCUGUCAGUUACUAAACCUUUUUUUACUGAUGCUGACGCAUGCAACCCCCUUCCCUUCCGGUCCCAGCUGAGCUUAUGAUAGAGUAUAUUUUUACAGAAUGAGGAUGCUUAACACGUUCUACAAUGCAGUCGUCAUUAUACAUUCUGUCAAAUAUAUAGGAAUGAUUUCCCCUACCGGAAAUUCGUAAUUUCAAAUCUUUCCGCUGAAUAUUUUUCUAUUUUUAAAAGUAUGAACUACUGUCAGUUGUCUUAAUGUCAUUUUUGAGCGUGAUCUGUCAUUAGUUUGUUUACAGCGUCAUUGAAAACAACUUUGUUUUGAUCGGUGAUUGGUAAUUAUCAUACCACUCCGUUCAACCGGCAACAAGGUAUUAACGUUAAAAACCUUGCACUCCAAGCGAUAAGCUCUCGUUUUCGAAACUUUGAACUUACACCCGGUACAUAUAAGAAAGACGUAGUCCUACGUCUAAACUUCUUCGAGAUCAAGUGACUGAAGAUAGCUUGGACGAUCAAAAUUUGACCCCAUGUUCAUUCAACGAAAACUUACUGUCGACGAGACAUGGGUGUACGAGUAUGACAUGCAAACACGUCAAAAUCGAUCGAAAAUGAAGGUAAUACUGACUGUUUUCUUCGAUAUUCGUGAUAUUCUCCAUUCGGAAUUCCUUGCGGAGGGCCAAUCGGCCAAAAAAGAGUAUCACAUUGGCGUUAUGAGGUGUUUGAGAGCACCUUACUCCCCAGCUAUGGCUCCGUGUGACAUUUUUCGUAUUUUCGAAACAUAAAUUACAGCUUUGCGGGACCUGUUUGGACAGCAUUGGAGACACAAAAACGAAUUCGCUGCGUGAACUGAAGGCAAUUCCUGAAAACAGCUAAAAAGUGUUUCGAUGACUAGAUUGUUCGGUGGUAAUAAAAAUUUAGAUGAUAAAUAUAGCAUUUUCUUUAAAAACACAAAUUCCCGGUCAAUAUUUGACAGAAUGUACAUUAUGCUUGAAAAUUAUUUGAUAGAAUAUCUUGUGGCCCUGAAGCCAUUAAAAAACCAAAUUGAAGGCAUUCAAACCAAAUCUCAGUCUAAAAAAAAGGCUCUUGUCAGCUUGCAGGCUAGAGUGAUAUUGGAAGAAAAAUCCUACCCGUGGUGAAAUCUUUCAAAUUCUCUCGCUUGAGACAGGGUGCACCUGCAAACAAGCUGCGAAUAUCAUCAGUGAACAUUCGUUACGAUGCCUGAUUUUGUGGAAUUAUUAAUAACUAUUGCUACCGCGAACGGAUUUAGACGAUUUACCAUUUUGUCUCAAAUUCCGAACACUUAAGUUUUGUUGGCCAUUAAAUAGUGUCUCAUUACUCAAAAUGGUACAUUUUCGCGAAAUUAAUGUGGUUUUUGGAAACAAUAGAGCCUUUUCUUUCAUUUGUCUACCAUAAAAUUAAUAUACAAAUACAUAUUCAUGGUGAAAAACUAAAAAUAUGUUUGGUAACAUUUGUCUCAAAUUCCGAACAGCAAAAAUCUAAUUUUAUAAAAAAAAACAAUAACUUUUGUGCUACUAGACCUAUUCAUAUGAUCGAUAUAUCAAAUUAAACCCAAUUAGCUAUUCUUCUUUGGAAAAAUGCUAUACUCCCAAAAAUUUGGAUUUUGUGCUUCGAAACUUGGUUCAAAUUAUGAACAUUUUAUCGCUGGUUUUACAGUCAC